AUGGCUGCUGGAGAAUCAUCUUUUAAGCUGAUAUUGGGUUCUUCAUCAAUGGCUCGGCAACGAAUUCUAGCUGAGAUGGGAUAUGAGUUUACAAUCAUGACUGCAGAUAUAGAUGAGAAAAGUAUUAGAAAAGAAAAGCCAGAAGACUUGGUGACGGCUCUUGCUGAGGCAAAGGCAGAUGCCAUCAUAUCAAGCCUACAGAACACUGGCAUAAUAGAGGAAGAUGCCCACACAACAUUAUUAAUUACUGCAGAUACGGUGGUGGUCUAUAAGGGGAUGAUCAGAGAAAAACCAAGCAGUGAGGAAGAAGCACGAGAAUAUAUCAAAGGAUAUUCUGGGGGCCAUGCAGCAGUGGUAGGAUCUGUUCUUGUGACUAACCUUAGAACAAGAUCAAGCAAAUGUGGAUGGGAAAGUGCAGAGGUUUACUUCCACGACAUACCAGAUGAGGUGAUCAAUAACCUGAUUGAUGAAGGAAUCCCAUUCAAGGUUGCUGGAGGUCUGAUGCUGGAACAUCCUCUAACUUUGCCAUUUGUUGAAGCAGUGAUAGGAGCAACUGAUACUGUGAUGGGACUAUCUAAAUCUCUCACAGAAAAACUUAUACAGGAAGCUCUAUUUCAACAAGUUUCACCCCCUGGCAUUCCGAAUGUGAGCUGAGGAUGAAUUUCAUGACAAGUGAUUUUCGGAACCCUGGUGGAAUUUGCAGGCUUGAAUCUCAUACAAAUAGAUUGCACAUAGGUAGUUCCUCUCUAAUGAGGAGGUUUUUAUUCCUUUCCCUAGGCAAAUGGAACAGUCAUUUUGCUUGAUUUUUCACCUCUUCGAUAUUAAUCAUUUUGUUCAUAAUUGUUUUAUUAAUACAGACAAAGAUAGAAAUAAAUGCAAGACUCUUUUGUAGAAAUGAAAAUCCAUUAUG